UGUGCAUGCAUGAUACGUGUAGUCUGCAAAACGUCCACAUAACACCCACAUGGAACUUGCCUGGCAGCUUCUUGCAAAAUCCAUGCCGGAAAAGAAGCUCAAACUUACACAACACAAUUCAGAGGGCCAUUCUUUGUUGAAAUCCUCUUGGACACCAAUAGCAUUCACAAAAAACACUGGUUCUGCCAUUGCCAUUCCACAAGUUUCUGUGCAUCCUUUGUACAAUACCAUGCGUUCGGCUCACGCUCCCCCUGCAAAAGAGCACAACAAGGAACCCUCUUCCUCUGAGGAGGAUAAAGGGGAAGAUAUGGUGGAGGCGUUUGGCGUCGCUUAUGCGACACGAUCGUCUGAGGAGGGAUUUGGCCAAAGGUACAGAGACAACGUGGAAGAAGAGGACACAACACAAAUGCAGAAAGAGGCCACUACUGGCGAAGAGCAUGAGAAAUCACAAGGAUCAGAAGUUAAAGAGAAAGAGCAGGGAAGACACGCAACUGAGGAAUCUGCAUUCCCACCUCAUGAUCUUCCUCUGCCCAGCGGAACAGGAGGAGUCGCUUCAUAGUCAUUCUCUCUUAUCUUACACCUGCUUCUGCCCCUCCAAAUCGUUUUAUGUACACUACUGUUUCAGUCUCUAGCAAACCAUAUUUCUGCUUUUGAAAUUUGUAAAGCUGUAGGCGGUAUCAUGGAAAUUGUAAAAUUUGUAGAGAAUAAUAAGUUGAUGUGAAAAUAAAUCGACCAUGCAAAUGUUGGAAAGACAGACGUACAAUUUCAUAUACAAAAUUUUCCAUACUUUAUAAUA